AUGGCAAAAAGCGUCGAAGACUUCAAAGACUUCCCUCCAAUCCAGAAAGCCAUAAAGCUAUCAACGUCGUUGGUUUGUGAUCUAGGUGCACAGGAAGUUCAAGAACGUCUGAAUCAACUUAAACAUUCUAUACACAUUCAACUUAACGGCUCGCAACAUGGGGAAAAGGCGCAUCACUGGCCUACACUUUGGGCACACAUCAAGAUGUGUAUGAUAGACCUGAAAUAUUGGGAAAGGGGAAAUGGUCAUCCCGCGGAUAGGUUAUCCGAGAGUUACAUUAGGAUGGAAUUUUUGCGACUUUAUUUCGAAAUUGGUAAUCUUUCGAGGAAGAAACAGUUAGAAGGAAUAGUGAAAGAUCUUCUGGAGAUCCAAUUGAUAGUUGAACAGACAAAGAACAGACUGUGA